UCUCCUCGCCUCCGCCCGGACGCGUCACUCGCGUCAUGGCGCAAUCUGCCCCCGGGAGGAGCGAGUGGGCGUGGGCACCAUCGGCUUUUCAGUCGACACAAAGAAAAACUGCCCUUCUUAGCGCUGCUGCUACUGGUUUCGGGUUUAAUCUAAAGCAGAGAGAGAGAGAGACACACACACACAGCACCUCGAUAUAUAUAUAUUUUUAAAAGGUGUUUGGUGGAAGUCCAGGAAUAAUGUCUGCUUUCGCGUACUCGGAUUAUUUAGCCGCGGAGUGCCUGGUGUCUAUAUCCAGCGGCGCUGUGGUGCAUACCCCCUCUCCCGUCACCAGCCACCGCCAACAGACAGAGCUCGAAAGUUCAAGCGAGGACAAAGAAGUUAGAGACACGCUGAAAGAAGGUGCCAGCAUGCUCGCCGUGGCCGGGAUCCUAACCGACCUCCACAGCAAGUUCCGACCCAUGUCUGCCUUGUCGGAGAGCAGUAACUCGUCGUUGGGGGACCCGGACACUUUCUCCUGCGGGGAGAGCGGGUACACCACGCUGUCUGAUUCCACGACCCCGACCCCGACCCCUGGCCAGAGGGGAGACGGGCGAUCGGAUACGAGAUCGCCAAUGAAACGACACCAGUGCACCUUUGAAGGAUGUGACAAGGUUUACGGCAAAUCGUCUCACCUGAAAGCGCACAUCAGGACACACACAGGAGAGCGCCCUUUCCCGUGCACCUGGCCGGCCUGUGCCAAGAAGUUUGCCCGUUCGGACGAGCUCGCCCGACACACGCGCACCCACACCGGGGAGAAGAAGUUCUCGUGCCCGCUGUGCGAGAAACGAUUCAUGCGGAGUGACCACCUGAUCAAGCACGCCCGCCGCCACCCCCACUUCCACCCCAGCAUGAUCCCCCGGGCCGGCAGCCGCAGCAUGUCCCCCACGGGGUCCCUGCCCAGCCCCACCGCCUUUCUAUAGGCAAGACCCAGCCCCCCCACAUAGCAGACUGGAGCCCUUCAAGAACAUCACCCAUGAUCCACCUGGAAAACACAUUUUAAAAGAAGCAGCAGCGUGUUUGAACUGCAUUAUCCCCUUUCGAGCAACACUGUGUGUGUGGGGCGGAGUGUCUGGCAAACCCCCUGUAAAGUUUAUUAGUAAAACCCCUUUCUUAUCCCCGGUAUGUGGGACAUACAAGUGAGCUCUGGUAGCAGAAAUUGCCCUUGCAGAGCGCAGCCUCUUAGAUUAGCAGGGUUUGGUUGACCAGAGCUUAAGGUUUGUGUUGUCCGAUCUGGUUCAAACAGAGAUCUGCAAUUUUGAUGAUCUAAAACCGCUUGUAAAUAUGAAUGCAGGGCUCUCUUACCCUGGGGUUUCGGUGGGACUCCACAGUGUAGAAAUCCGGUGAAUAACUGAUACAAAUUCACGAUCUGCCUCUGCGCUCCCAGUUUGGUUAAAAUGUUUUUCUGCAUGUGAGCAAGUAGUUUUAAAAUUCGAAAAAAAAAAAAGGAAGUGGCGUUGUCUUGCAAUCUCGGGCGCUGUGCUGACUUUUGUUAAAUUUGUAGUCGAAUUAUUGGCACUGGCUUAUCCCCACCGUCUCGCUGGGAUAGACGUCGCUGAGACUGGUAGAGUUCCACCCCUUUGGUCAAGCUAUUGGGUCAUUCCAGAUCAAAGGGUUGUGGGGGUGGGGAUGGCCCUGCAGUCUCUUCAACAGAAACUGAGCCUUGAGUGAGGCUGUGCAGUAAGCCUGAGUGAGGGGCCGGUCCAUUUGGAACCAAACAGAGGGGAAUGAACAGCUAUUCAAAUUUAAAUACGUGAACCUGUUCAGCCAACCGCCUUCUGACGAGAUUUGUUUUAAUUUUGUUAACAUUCUAGCAUUAGAACACAAGACCAACGUUUCUUUUUUUUUUUAGUGCUGCUAAUUGAGCAUCUAAGGCUGUGGAUAAACUUGCAGCCACACGGUCAGAGUGCGCUACCUAGUGGUCAGAGCUUGAACAGCAUCCCCCGCCUGCAGUCUGGGGAAUACAAAUGUUAAUACUGAAUACUAAAAAUAUGCAUGCUGGCCAGGGUACAACCGCCCCCCUGUACUGUAGACUGGACUGGCCCCACAUUCUGCCCAUGGUUUUGUUUGUACUGAAUCCGCUUAUCCAAGGCUCAGUUAGGCAGGUUAGAAGGAUUUGUGAUGUGCCUGUUUCGACAUUCCUCUCAUUUACGUAGAACCUCCAGUGUCUCAGGGUCUGAUGCUGAAUGCAGUAAGUUACAUAUAUAUAUGCACAUUUCCUCAAUGCAGAUUUCCAGAUAAGCUUAUAGCUUCUCCUGUUAUCGUAGUCCUUAUAUUAGGGUAAAGCGUAUUCCUUCUCUGUUUCUUAACUAAGUUACAAAUCUCUGCAAGGAUUUAGAAAUCGAAAAGCAGUUUCAGGUGUCAUAAAUUAUGAUGUGUGUGUUUUUUUUUGUUUGUUUUUUUUUUUAAACAAUACCUCAACUCAACAGCAAAAGUCUUAAAUAUUUUAUUUAAAAUAUUUGAGCGAUUUUUCUACAGAUAUAUAUCUCUAUUUAUCACAAUCAGCACAUUGACAAUAUUGCACAUUUUAUUUUUUUUUAACAAUGCUGCCAGUUUCACAUUACUGCACCACGGGGAAGCGGGAUUCUAGUUUUUAUCCCCGACGUUACUUUAAAUGCAUGGAUUUAUGCUACUGUUUUAUUUAUUUUGUAGUAUUGUUAUUAUUAUUACUAUUAUUAUUUUGUUUAGCGAAAACUGAUUAGCAGAAGGAGCCGUGUGAAAGAUAGACACUAAUGUCACUUUUAAAAAUAAAUGAGAAAAAGGAAAAACAAACCUGCAGGUAGCUUUUUUUUUAUUUUAUAUCUAUAUAUAUAUUUUAGAAACAGCUUGAGUCCCAUUAAUCCAAUAUUGAAUACUGCCCUUGUUUUAUAAAAGCAUAACUUUUACUACUCCUUAUAAAAUGGCAAGACUAGAGGGAGCAAUCUGAUUCGCUAACAAGUGUUCCAACCUAUGCAAAUAUAUCGGUAUCCCGGCACCGCUCGGAACUUUCAGAACCAUUUAUUCCUGAUUCACUUGACAACCCAUUCAUUUUGCUGCACGGUUUUAUUAAAUUGUUCCCAUUCCGAGCCUUAUUCCCAUUGUUGUGAUGGAUGCAGGUGGCUCUUCGAGUAUUCCGAGGUCACUCUCUUCCUGACAGUCACUGGGACCCCUCCUGCUUUUACUGAACAAAUAAAGAAUGUAAAAAACUACAGAAGGGAUUGUUUGAUGUUGUGUAAGCGCUGACCUGUUGUGUUAUUCUGGUUCCUGUUGUAAA